ACGUCGUUUGAUGUAACGGUUGAAUGGCUGAACUGAACCCGAGUCGAGUCCACUUGUGGCCGUUACCACCAUCAGAGAGAGAGAGAUGAUGGGAGUCAGAACUAUACUAGGCCAAUGGAGGAGUACAGCGAAGGAAGUAUGGGAUCGAACGCUGAUAGUUGCCAAGUUCCUCUGCGUCCUCCAUGUCACCAACACCUACAUCUGCACUCCCACUCUCGUUUACGGUCCCAGUAUGCUACCGACCUUGAAUCUGACCGGCGACGUUAUUCUGGCGGAGAGGAUAUCUACUCGGCUCGGGAAGGUGGGGCCUGGCGACAUUGUUCUCGUUCGAUCUCCUGAAAACCCUAGGAAGACUGUUUCCAAGCGUGUGAUGGGCAUGGAAGGCGACCGGGUGACCUUCCUUGUCGACCCCAAGAAGAGCGACCGCUGCCGGACAAUUGUCGUGCCAAAAGGGCAUAUUUGGAUUCAGGGGGAUAACGUAUAUGCUUCCAGAGAUUCAAGACAUUUUGGACCAGUUCCUUGUGGUCUAAUUCAGGCCAAAGUGUUCUUCAGGAUAUGGCCACCUGAAGGUUUUGGAUCAUUGAGACAAGGAGAGUAAAAGUUACUGCAUCUCAAAGGUCCAAAGAAUCCACUGUUAUAGAUCAGCUAAUAAUGGUGUUCACAAGGAUUUGCAGAUUCAAAUUCAAUGGGUACAAAGAUUAGCUAAUAGCUUGGCAAAGCAUGGAGUUAAUAGACAUCUUUUUUGUUCUGUGAUGUAAAAUAUAGUAGUGGGUAGGACAGAUGGGGGCCCGAGGCUCUAUCUUAAUUCUCCUGACUUAACCACAACCUCUUGUUGUACCUUUUAUUUAAUUAAUGAAUGAAAUCCUCAUUCGUGUUAAAAAGAAUCUGCAUGCUAUAACUCAAGAAAUGAAAGAAUCUUUAGAAUGAAGAAUAUUAAUUGCUUUCCUAAUCUUCAAUCAAGGAGGGCAGAUGUUACGAUCCAUUUGUCCCAU